CGCUAGAUGUUGCCCUCACCCGCUUCUGUCUGGGCCACCAAAGGCUUGUCGUGCACCUGUUUCGCUUGGGCUUAUCACCACACUAUUACUACUCCUAGUACUCCACUGUUGAGGAAAUUAUUGAGCACUUCCUCCUAUACUGCCCUCGCUACUCUUCCCAUCGUGUUGUGCUCUGCGACCAACUAACAACCCUCGAAUAAUAAGCCUUCGACCUGCCCACUUUACUGGCGGGAGUGGACUUUGAUUCCUCCAAACGAAGUGCAGUUAUUCGCCAGACUUGUGCCUUCCUGAAGAAGUCGUGUCAGCUAUCUUGCCUGUGAUCAUCUCACGGUCCUGCACCAGAGCUCAUACUGAUCUUCAGGAUCAUUGCAGCCCUCAACAAUUCUACAUCUGCGCAAGCUGAUCCUCGCACCAAUGACUGCUUCAUCUAAUGAUGUAAAACCAAGACUUAGUAUGUUGUUAUCAAAAUAGAGAAACACAAGUAUUUUCUGAAGGAGGGACAGUAAUGGUGGGAAGGCAACACAUCACUGGUGCCUCAGUCCAGCAGGUUUAUCCACUGAGUUGUGCCAGUGAAUGAAGUAUACUAUAUACAGCUUACAAAACAUACUUACAUACAAAAAAAUAAAGUCCACAAGGGACCAAACCAAAGCCCAGGAUGCUGGUAGAGAGAAUCCCUGCUCACCACCACCCUGUCAGCCAGAUUUCAGUCUCUGUGGUAAGAUGGAGGAUGACUUUGACCCAUACAGCCUUCCUCCAGAGGUGACCACCCAACCUCAUGCUCUCAUUGGAAUGUUGGGACUGGAUACUUCAAAUAAGGCAACACACAAAGCUGUAUGGGAAGCAUUUGCUCUUAACCGCAGGACAGAUCGGACCCCUUUGCAUUUCUGCCACUUGAAUAAUGACUUUCAAAUGCCUCCUAUGAAACAAAAGAGACAGUCUUACGAAUGGUAUAUUCCAAAGGGCAUCCUCAAAUCAAACUGGAUCCCCAAGUACCUUUACCAUGUGCCAGCUCUUGUUGUCCUGUUUUAUGACCUGGAUUGGAAUGACAGCAGUUGGACAGAGAAGAAAAAUGAAGUUGCUGGUCAAGUUCAGUCACUCAAAACUGUGUUAGGUGGACGGAACAGUCGUGUAGCACUGGUGCUGAUACAGAGUGGCAUUAGCGUUCCUGGUGAGGAUACUGGAGCAGCUGAGAAGGCUGCUACUCUGUGUACUGCAUGUGACCUACCUGCUAAGCAUCUCUUUGUCUUGCCACACUCUGAUGUCCACCUGCUUGGAUACACAGUGAGGUUGGAGAAUGCCCUUAGUGAGAUAGCUUGGAACUUCUACCAGGGUGAAGCUAAAGGAGUACGUGCACAUCGGGACUUCCUUAACAAGACCAACCACACACUCCUCUUUGUGCGGCACCAGUUUAAGCUUGGCUUCCUCAAUGAGAUGCGGAAUGAUGCACAAGCAGCCAUUAAACACUAUGCACAGUGUUACCAUCAUUUGUUGGAAUUACGAUCAACAGACACAAAUUUGCACGAAAUCCGCAUUGUUGCUGCCAUAGUGAACUAUAAGAUCUGCAGGCUGGACUUCACCCUCAACCUUCCCCGAGAUGCAAUUGCUCAGUUUCGUCGACACAUUGAUCUCUUCCGCCAACGAACUGGACCAAAAGAGUUGAUAUUUGAACAUUAUGCUUGGCUCUCCAGACAGUAUCAGAUUUUUGGUGAUGUAUUUGAAGAAGCUGUGAGGACAGGCCUUCCAGCCGUCCAGACGCAACAUCCUGGGUUUUACUAUCAGCAGGCUGCCCAGUAUGCAGUGUUAAGAAGGAAAACUGCACUUCAAGUUUGCAAAGAAGUAGCAGCUCCUGUUUCGGAUCUCUUAGAAGGAUGGAGUAAGCUGGAAUUUUAUGGCCAACGACCCUGGCGACCUGGCAAACAUUCCCUUGAGCCACCAGAACAGCAGAGAGAAAUGGAAGGGAUAAAGGAAGUGCAGUAUCAUGAGGUCAAAGAGGUAAACCAUUCUGAUUUCAUCAUUCCUCUGUUCUCCUCCGCCAUCAGCCAGUUCAAGAAGUAUCGCUGUCCUCGCAUCAAGCGGCACCUGAUGGUUCAGAUGGCUGAGGAAUAUCACCAAGCUAAUGAUUCUUCCAAAGCCCUCACACUCCUGAAUCAUGUCAUGUGGGACUACAGAAGCGAAAAGUGGUGGAGUUUGUUGCAGUCAGCCUCAGUUUUGGGCCUGAAAUGUGCCUUCAACACAGCUGCUAUCACAGAAUACUUUGGCCUGGCCUUAGAGUACAUGGGGAAGAGGCUGUCCACAACGGACGAAGAGAAGAAGAGGGUGCACAACAAUCUUUUGAGGCUACUUAAUGGAGUGACCCCAGAACCAGAGCCUGGAACCUCUUCUGAAAUUCUCACAGCAGCCACAGAGGCCUGGUCCACACUGCUGGGUGCGCAAGUCUCCCCGAUCACGGUGGACAUGACUGCUUUGGUGCCCUGCCUGGAAGUUCGAGCUUCUUUCCAGAAGAGUCAGUACCAUGUUGACCAGGAAGUUAGUGUCUCGGUCAAAAUAAGGAAUACAUAUAGUUGUACUGUUUUCCUGAGCUCUCUGAGUGUGGGCGUCAGCUCCAUGUCUCAUUUGGACCGCCUUGUGGAAGCCAAUCCGGAUAAACUUGUCCUUCCUCCAGGUCAAGUAAUAGAAGUCUCUCUCCACUUUGUGCCUCAUGUGGAAGAUGUGGGAAAAAAAUUAAAAGUGGUAGAUGUACGGACCCAGCUAGGAGCACCAGGGAGCACCGUUGUUGUUUGGCUGCACUGGUCAGGGUCUGGUAAUGAGGGAGUCACAAUGCAUGCAGCCAGUGCCCCAGCAUUCCCGGAGUUCAGUGUCCUGUGCAGAGAUGAAUUUGACACAGCACCACCUCUUGUGGAAACUGAGAUCUUGCCUCGCCAGCCUCUCCUCACUGUUGAGGUUAGCUACGACACUACUGCGCUUGUGUGGGAGUGGCUGCCUGUCAAAAUUCACCUCACUAAUACUGAAGCCAGCAAUGGUAUCAGAUAUUACCAUAAACUUUGGUCUGCACAGCUCCUCCCAUUCAAAUUUAGAACAUGCCACACAAGUUUGUUCUGCAUCUGGUUUACAGAGUGACAAACUAGGAUCCCAAGUAACAGGAUUUACGUGUGGCAAUCUGGGUAUUGGAGAGGCAACAUUUUUAGUCUUCUAUGUAAAGUCUCUCACUUCAUCAGAAAGAGCAUAUACCCUAAAGCAUGUGUCCCAAUGUCUUCCCAGAGUUGCUGGUUUCUUCUUCGGAAAUGUAGAAAAAUAUUUAUAACUUGCCCACAGUAAAUAAAUGAAAUGGAUCUUAAAUAUUUGGCAACUACCAGUUAGAUCAUACCUGGCAGUUAUGACUGACGUCUUGAUGUUAUUCCUUACAUCCAGUCACCAAAACAACCCUACUUUUUAAGGAUCCUCAAAAUUAACCUGGAAAUCCUGGUGAAAUAUUGUUCUCCCAGCUAUUUCCAGGAGUUGUAGGUCUAUCCUAAGUACUUAUCUGUGGGUUUUGUAGGUAGUGGUGGUAGUGAGGAGUGGCUCAGUCGGAGGGUUGCUGGUCAUGGAGCUUACCUCAUAUUUCACACUACAUGUUUCAUCUUGAUAUUUACACUGUGUACAAUCAAAAUGGUGUAGUUUCAAACUCUCAUUAGAUUAAGGCAGCAGUAGCUGGAAAUUUUGGUCAGAUUGGUCUAGACAAUUUGGUGGACGCAAAACAAGUGCCUGCCCGCGUGGAGCUCUUUGACCAAGUCACCAAACAUACUUGCAAUGUGAUAUACAAAUUUAAGUUUUAUUUUUACCACUUCUCUGUAGGUAAUCAUAGCCUGGAAAUUCUUAAUCAAAUUAUAAUUAUUUCAUCCCCAUUAAUUAAUGUAUGUGGUAUCUCAACCCAAAAUUUUGUUGGUAUACAUACAUAACAAAUCACCUAAAUCUAUAAUUACCAUGUCCCCCAACCCCCUAAAGGUUAAGGGGGUGCUCACUCAAUAUGGAUAGACGAAUGGCAUGUUUUGAAAUGUGCAGUAAUGUAUUCAUUAUCAUUCAAGAAUCAUCUUCAGGGUAUUUAUUUCCUGCUGACAGGUUUAAUGUCCAUUUAAAUGUCCUAUGGCAUAAGGCAAGAUGGGACGUGGUGUCAGAAAAGACCCUAUAAACCUGUGUUACAUGGUUUAUUUUCACCUGAAUGUGAUACCAAGGGUUACAGUCAUAUUCCUCCUUGAAGUAUAAUGAUAUAGGCCUUGUAUGGUGGUAUCUGGCAAGAAGUGGCUUGUCCUGCCAGGCUGCUAUGUGACUGUUUGUUAGUAGCUUCUAUCCCUUCAGUGAGAGUGGUUUUGUAGCUCCUUGCUUCCAGCCUUCUUUCCCAUAUUGGUCCUUUGUCUUUGGGAUUUGUACUGAGCAGACAUGUCAACCCAGAGCUCUCCUCUUUACCUACAUACACACACCCAAGAAAUGGAUUUUGUCUGUGCUCCAAACUCUUAUAUCAACUCAAGAGUGCCCUGGAGAUCUUCAUGAAGCAGACAACUAAUAAGUUGCAUGAAUUUCAAGGUAUGAUAAAUGAACUCCUUAGAAGCUUGGAGUUCACUCACAGGGAGAUGGCUGACGUACAACACCGAGUAAAACACCUAGAAAAUGACAAAAAGACAAAAGAAAAUUUAAUUAAGACUGUCUGAUGAUCUUCAAGGAAGUGAGAAAAUGAUUAAGGAUUUAGAGGGAUGCUACAACUAUCAAGAAGAUUACAGUUGCCAUAACAACAGAAGUAAUAGGCUUGGAGGAAUGCCUGGAUGAAACCUGGAAACAAUCUGCCAUUCAUGUCUAAGCUGUUCAAGAAGCUUCUGCUGCCCAACAUUGAGCUGCAACAGGUUCACUGAAUUGGUCAGUGAUGUGACAAUCAACACCAGCCAAUAAUAGCUUGCUUUAUGAAGUACAGUGAUUAUGAAGCUGUUUUUCAGAAUGCAGCAAAACUACAAGUAACAAGAAUUUUUAUAAAUGAAAACCUGUGUCCAGGUUUGCAGGAGAUUAGAAAAGCUAAAAUGCCUUUACUAAAGCAAGUCAAAAGUGAAGGCAUAAUAAUGUAUUUCAACCACACCAAGCUUGUUAUAAAGGAAAGACUGCUAGCAAGAAUUGGAGUCAUUAGUGGUGGUGGUGAUUCUUGAUGUUGUGGCGGUGGCAACACUGCUGAUGGUUCAACUGCUUUAGUUGGAUGUGGGCAGAGUAGUGAUCCUGGAGCUGAUGGGCACCUUGUCAUUCCUGGAGGAGCUGUCAUUGAUGAUAGUUCUACUGCUGGUGAUCAGACUUGUGGUGGUGGUGACACAGCCAGCAUUGACUCAGCUGGCGCUGAUGGAGCGACAGCCAUCACUGUUACUUCUGGUGGUGAUGUUGCUACUGUGCCAAAUGGUAGUGUGUGUGUUUCUGCCAGCAAGAAAUGCAUUUCGCAGCCCAUUAUCAGAGGAUCCAAGAGAUAAGUAAGCUGGUGCUUUCUCAGACUUUUAUUUGUUUUUUUUUUAUUUAUACAAUCUUUUUUUAUUUGUAAUGUUCAGUGACUCAUUAAUUUCCUUUGAAUAAUAUUAAUGAUUCAUAUCAUGUUAGAUUAAUGACUGAUGACUGUUCUUUAAACAUUGUAAAUUAAAUGGUGUUUAACCCUCUUCAGUAUGAUGACAACAUUUUCUGAUUAUAAUUUAGUUAAUAUUAUUCCCAAUGAAACUGAGUGUAACUACCACUUUACAGAUUCUAAUGUGAAAUUGCGGUACUGAUACUAACCUCAAUUUGUUGUCAUUUGAUGUAAGCUGUGUUCCACUUCAUCUUAAUUCAUUAUUUGACCAGUAUGUAGAUAUGUUGGGUACUAAAUUUGAUGUUAUUGGACUAUGGGAAACAAGACUAAAUGAUGCUAUUUCUGGUCUUUAAAAGAGAAGUGAUUACACAGUGUACUUGAAAAAUAAGAGCACCUCUGGAGGCAGUGUAGCUAUUUAUUUGUGCAGCAGCUUUCAUGGAUAUUUAUGUGAAAACAUUAUUCUGCAAUCAGACCAUAUUGAAUCCUUAUUUCUAACAUUAAUGACUUGGUCACUCAAGAAUAUUUUGGCAUAUUUAACAGAGGUUAUUAUUCCUUGCUAUACUAUGGGUGAUUUCAAUGUAAAUUUAUUGUGACAGUCUUAAUUAUGUACAAAAUUUUGGUAACCUAUUUUAUAGCAAUUACUUUUCUGUCACCAUACUUAAGCCAAUCUGUGUCACCAGGAGUUCUGCUACUUUAAUGGAUCACAUCUGGAUCAAUAAUUUAUACAAUCUUUAGACAAAUGG